ACAGUGGGUGGCAGUGCAAAGGGGACAGAAUAUGCUGUCCAAAGCCCAUCUGCUUUGUUGCAAUGCUCACCAUUGUGAAAUAUUCCCUAAAAUAUGUGAGUUUACUGUUGGGAGAACUAGCCAGAGAGGGAAGGAUGGAGGGAGGGUUUCUGUUUUAUAGGCUAGCUUUGUUUUCUGGCAUCUAUGAGCCACAAAGCUUGGAUAUAAGCCACAGAACAUCCUGUUUUCCCCUCUCUUGCCUGUCCUCUUGCUGGCUGGUCUUUCUAAGGGUCCAGAAAAAACACUGCCCAGCUAAAGGUGGAUACAUUGGCUAUUACAAGGAGCCAGGAUUAUGAAAUCUACUAGAGAAAAGAUCACCCUGAACUUCAGGGGAAUCCGAUACAAGACUUAUGCUAGCACCCUCCAAGCCUUCCCUGGGACCAAACUGAGCCGCCUCACAGGGCCCCAGGAGGCAUCCACCGAGUUUGACUAUGACCCCAACACUGGAGAGUUCUUCUUCGACAGAGAUACCCGUGUUUUUGAAGAGGUGCUGAACUACUGCAGGACCAAGCACCUCCACUGCCCUCAAUACAUCUGCAAGUCUGUCUUUGAGGAGGAGUUGGCUUUUUGGGAGAUCAGCGGGGCGGCCCUGGCUCCCUGUUGCUGGCAGAGGCUGAGUGAUGUGGAGAGCCAGCAGGAAGACCUCGCCCUCUGGGAUGACAGCAAAGAUGCAGAUGACCAGGGUCUCCUGGCCCAGGUGGGAAGGGGAAAUAAUAGUUGCAGGGCCCGGUGGCAGCCCAAAAUUUGGACCCUCUUCGAAAAACCGUUUUCCAGCUUUAGUGCAAAGAUUCUGGCUGCUAUCUCGCUGGUCUUCAACAUUGGGAUUUGCAUCCUUUUCAUAAAGAAGGCUGAUGUAGAAAUUGAGUUCUUUGUAUUUGGAGAUGCCUAUCACUACAACAGCACUGCCACCUACCUCUCUGAGAUUCACAAACAGUUCCCUUACCUCCUCCCUCUGGAGUUUUUCUGCGUACUCUGGUUCUUGUUUGAGUUUUCCGUGCGGCUUAUGUUUUGCCCGAAUAAGAAGAAGUUCCUGACUAGCCCCCUGAACAUAGCUGACUUCCUCUCCCUCUUUCCAAUUUUCAUCGAGCUUUGCUCACAUGGACAAGCCUGGCUGGGUUUUGUCCGUGCACUGUACAUCCUCAAGCUCUUGAAGAUCCUUAAGCUCAUAGAAAUCCCUCUAAUGUUCCAGGUCCUUUCAUACACGUCCAGGUCUGUCUUCAGAGAGAUCUUCAUCUUCAUGAUCAUCUUUACAUUUGAAAGUCUGUUCUUCGGCAUCCUCAUGUUCUACACAGAGGUAUUUUACCCGGUACCUGAAUCGUAUUUUGAGAGCAUUUCAUCCUGCAUUUGGUGGGCAGUCAUCACUUUGACCACUGUCGGUUAUGGAGACAUGUACCCUAUCACCGAAUUUUCCCAAGUGAUAGCAGCCUGUGCAGCACUCUGUGGCGUGCUGACCAUAGUCAUCCCAAUCCCUAUCUUUCUGAUCAAGUUCAAGGGCUAUUAUGAUGCUGCUGUGAUCAAGGAGAGGAGGAAGAGGAAGAUGGAACAAGCAGCAAUGCUGUCAUCCUAAGGACUCCAGAGCACCAUGCUGCCAGUUAUUUGUGGGAAGAGAAAACAGGCUUCUAGAUAGCUCCUUGCUACACCGCAGAUGCUUCAGCUGAUUUCAUGCAAUUUAUAGGUUCCCACCUGAGCAUCAUAUGCCUCUGUGCUGCCAACUGAAUUAAGUCACACUCUACCUGUGCUCCCACAUUUCCAAAGAGAGAGGGGGGCUACCAAUCCCACUAGCCAUGGUGACUAUGCUCUGCAUCCAUGGUUGAAGGCAACAAUACUUCUGAGUAUCAGCUGCAGGAAACUACAGGAAGGGAGAGAGUCCUUGUGCUCAUGUCCUGCUUGCUGGUGUCCCAGAGGCAUCUGAUUGGCCACUGUGAGAACAGGAUGCUGGACUAGAAGGGUGGAUUGGCCAGAUCCAGCAGGCUCUGCUUAUGGUCUUAUGUUCUUUUAAAAGAGGUCUUCCUCCUCGUGCUUCUUGCCUUCAAGCCAUUGCCUGGAACAUACCUUUGGACUGUGAUCAUGGCUCAUGCUUGCCCACAAUGAGCAUGGAUAGAUGCAAGUUGAUGUCUGUUGGCAUUCUGGGCUCUAUUGUUCUUAUGAAGUGCAAAGAGAUUAAUGCUGCCACAACCAACCAAAGGGGAAAUGGGUUAGAGUCACCAACAAUGUUCUAUCUUUAUGUAUUUUUAGAUGGCAUAAGCCACUAUUAUUUUCCAGAAAAAAACCUACAGCAGCUAACAUUGCAACCUAAACACAACUGUAAUAAUAAUAUAAGGGGAAAAUGAUGCAGGGAUUUGACAGCAUAUAAAAGCAACAAUAGCAAUACUACUGCUGCUACUCCUCACAAUGUAAUCUUUUAUGUGGCUACUUAGAUGUUCAUCUCAUUGAAUCAGGGAAGCUUCCUCCCAAUGUUUAUAGGAUUGGACCCUGAGACUCAUGAAAUAAAAGUCAAUACAUUCAUAUGUCAGGAAUGUAUGUCAGCAAACUAUAUUACAUACUGGAAACCCAAAUGCUGUUCUUGGCAGAACACAGAGAAGAGAGAGCAAAACCCACCAUUUCAUACUUAGUGGCCCUCACAACUCGCUCAGUCUCUGAGAAUAAAGCCUCCACCAUCAAACUGGAAAUGAGAAAGGAGCAAAUGUAAGACCUACUUCUGGAAAGGACUGGAUCCCACUUCAGUUUGGGGGUCAACUGAUGUUAAAGGGGUGGCCCUCCCUCACCCAACCCCAAAAGGCACAACUCAUAAAAAGGACUUGCAUUAGAUUCUUAGCAUUUCUUCUGUUCAUAGAAAAUAGUAGAAGUAUUUGGAAAGCUAAAUUCCAUUUCAUUUUAAAAUUUCAUAUUAAUCAAAAGAUAUUACAUGCAUACAUGCACAUUCAUACAUACAUGAUACAUGAUCAAAAGAUAUUACAUACUUCCA